AUGAUGACAAAAAUGAGAAGAGGAGGCGAUGUUCCACCGUCCCCCACGAAAGUCGCCGAACCAUUUCUCUUCUCUCCGAACAGAAACAUCUACACCAUCAUCAACCUUUGCAAACAACAAGGAAACAAUUCUAGGAUCAUCGACAUUCCCCAAAACAUCCCUUUCGUUUGCGAAAUCUAUACAGACACUAAAACAAUGAAAGACGCUUUCUACACCAGAGCCUGUUACCACACUUAUUGCUCUAACUGUGUUGUAAUGUACAUUGAUUCAAAUCUGCAAAACAACAUCGCCAGCAUCAGUUGUCCCUUUAUUGGAUGCAGUGGUUUGCUGGAAGCUGAUAGUUGUCGUAGGAUUCUUCCUGCGGAGAUUUUCGACAGGUGGGGGAAGGCCUCUUGCGAGGCGUUGUUUGAUGUUUCGUUGAAAGUGUAUUGUCCCUUUGCAGACUGUUCGGCUCUUAUGAUCAAAGGCAGAAAGGAAGAUGUUUUUGGAAGAUCGAAAUGUCCGUAUUGUAAGAGGAUGUUGUGUGCAGAAUGUAAGGUUUCAUGGCAUGAAGGAAUGGAAUGCAUUGAGUUCGAGAAACUGAACGCGGAUGAGAAAGAGACCGAAGAUGUUAUGUUGAUGUGCCUUGCCAAGGAUAAGGAGUGGAGGAGAUGUCCUAGUUGCAGGUUUUAUGUUGCCAGAUCUCAGGUUUGCGACCAAAUGAUAUGCAGGUGUAAAUGUAGAUUUUGUUACAAAUGUGGAGAUGCUUUCAACUUGGAAGACCCGUGUAGUUGUUUUAAGCCAACCGUUCCCAUCCCCGUUCAUAGGGUUCAACAACCGAAAAGGCCUAAUAUAUUUUUUAUCAUUUUAUUUAUUGUGCUUAGUAUUAAUCUCACUCGUUGUUCUUAA